GCCAGGUGUGUCGUCUCACCAUCGCCUAAGUAGGGGGUGCUUGUCGGUGAAGCAUUUUUGCCAAAAUUACCACUGCCAUGCGCUGGCCUCAAAGGCAGUUUUGCGUAAUUGACAGAAAGGUGUAGGGAGGCGAAUUACUCUAGGCAGUUCAUCAUUGGGGCCUACAUAUCACUCGGCAGAUCUUAUCGCAAUGCUCUCAGGAGCGCGGACAUUCUGCGAGAUCGAAGGUCUCAGAAUUUCGUAGACAUACGUAUGCCGCGUAUAGUUUGCCAAUACAUUAAACACGUUUAGUACACCUCGCCGGCGACAUUAUGAACAGCGUUAUACGGUCGAUCGCGGAGGAGCGGCGUAGGCGCUUGGUCGUUGGUCAGCUGCUGACAGAGCAGCGGGACAAUGACACAUUGAAGACGAAGGAAGCGCGGAAGCAAGAAGUCUCGGAUACCAGCAGCAGCAACCCAGGUUCCAGCACCUCCGCCGCCCCUCUUCCUCCCAGCCGCUCCCAGCAGCUGGCUCUGGCCAGCCUGCACCGGUUGCACCCCACCGCCACGUUCCUCGCCACGCGGGGGCGCGGACGCGGCAGGGGAGGUGCGGGCGGACCCGCCAGGAGGUGGAGCAAGUACCUGCCGGGUAGGGGCGAGCCCCGAGAGCAGGCCGGCGCUGACACCGCAGCUAUAGAUCAGCAUGAAAGCCCAAAGACUCAGGUUCAGGGUGACGUCGGUGGAGAACCCGGCACUUCCGAACACAGCACACGGGACUCUGUCGUUGCCCCUUUGUCACAGGACCCCCAGUUGCAGGCUCCUUCAGCGCCCGCGCAAGCUGCGACUACUGACCUGCCACAGCCCCAGUCCGAUGCCUCGGACCCUGAGCAAGAAGCCGAUCUUGCUGCCGAACUUGCCAAGGUGCUCCGCCAGCUCAACCAAACGGCAGAUGACAUCCAACGCAUUCGGCCGCUUCUAAACCCACCGGCGGACAGCGGCAGCAGCACCCCAGUCAACACUGGCAACAGCGCCGCUGCUGCUGCAUCAGGGCGGACGGGCGUCAGCACCUCCGCGCCCGUACCUCCGGACUCGGAUGAUGAGGAGAAGCAGCUGCGUGACAUCUACCAAUUGCUUGGACGUUGCUACGACAGGUUGGACCGCAUGGAUCCCCUAGUCCUUCUGAAGGCGUCGGCUCAACAUGACGAGAGGAGGGUUACAGAAGUGCUUACGAAGGCACAACAGCAUCAUACUCGAAUCGGUUAUACGUUAGUGCAGCACUCGGCGCUGACUAACACAAUGGACGAUGUGCUGUUUAAGGAGGCGCCUGCAUUGUCUGUGGUGUAUGCGUGGAGCGUGUGGAACAAGAGCAGGCAUGAGGACGAGCGGCGGCAGGGAGGUGCGGCGGCAGAGGUCCGGCACGCUGCUGGGGGCGGUUUAAGCACAUGCAGCACCGCGGAUGCUAUAGUUAUGGUGCGCGAGCUGGCUGCGCACAUCUCUCCGAGGUAUCGAAUGCAGUGGUUACGGCUACUGGGAACGUUGGUGCGCCAACGUUUUAAUACAGAGCUGGUGGCGGGAAGGGCGAUGUGCGGCCUCAUGCUCUACUGGAUGGCCAACGAGUGGAGACAUCCGCUCGACUUGGAGCCCUUGACCUGCGCCGCCAUGUGUGCUUGCUACGUGACUCUGCAGCGUUCAAGCAGCUUCCCCAUUUCGCCAAUCCACCUGUACGACAACCUCGCUGCUGGCCCCCUGGUGUUAGAUCCUUUCUUGCCUCCGGAGGAGCCCCCUCCCAAGCUCUCUCGGAAGCACCUUUUGAACGCCGUUGAGAUGUUCACCGUGCGGCCUGACGUGUGCGACAUGUGGAGCGAGCUGGUGUGGGAUUGGCACCACCGCCAGCCAUCUCAGAGAAUGGACAUGUGCUUGCGGUUGGCUCUGGCACAGUGUUCGGAUGGACUGACACUGCAGCAGGAGCGACUGCGGCAUCAGCAGGAGCGACAUCAGCGUGCGCAGGGAGAACCCGCCGGGGCCCCCUCUCGCCCCGCAUCCAUGCAGCCAAGCACUGGCCAGCAGGCAGAUGCGGGGCGAGGCAGGGUCCAGGGGCAGCAGCCGGGUGCAGGCCAGGCUUUGGGCAGCAGCGCCGAUGUUUUGAAGGGAGACGGGCUAAGUGACCUCGGCAUGAGGCGUUUGGAAUCGUUGUUGCAAGCGCUGUUGCGACUGCAGGCAUUGCAACCGAGGUCCUCUGAGCCUCCCUCCGCCAGUGCUGUUGACCAUCCUCACUUGAACAUAGAUGCGAUGUCCAGUCGUAGCGCCCCUGCAUUGAUGGCAUGCAUGGAGGCUUGUAGUAUGAAAGACCUCGUCUUCCAGCUGGAAUUCUCCGACCAGGGGACGGCAAGUGGUGAGGCGUCAGCGGCGGCGCAACCAGCAUCUUCUGCCUCCUCGGCAGCGGCGGCGGUAGCGUCCGUCCAAGCGAAUUACACGGAUGCGGCGCUGCAUGGCAAGAGCGUACUAAAGAUGGUGGUGCAUCACAGCGCCACCAUUCCCAAGAAUCGCCCACCAGGGUACAAGUGGAGCCAGAUCACGAGCAGCAUCGUCACCAUGAACGCAACCAGCAACUUCCCGCAGCAGGUCAAGCUGGUUCGGGAGGCGCUGGUGAAGCGGCGGCUGAGGUUCAUGUGGCUGCAGGGCCGCGGUGUGGAGGGCAUCUGGCGGGCACUGGUGACCAUUGCACAGAUCCGCCAGGAGAUGCUGCAGACUGGCAGGGAUCUGUGCGCCUGCCACUGUGACGUGAUUGACUUUGGCGACGGCGACCGCAGGGGACGCAAUGACGUCAAAAGUUACAAGUACACUCCAAAGGAACUCUCCAUGGGCGCGGAUGUCAUCAAGCUAGAAACGUUGAUAUCCAACGAUUUGCUGAAGCAGACGGCGGG